CAGAAGAUAAACGCGACUCAACAUGCCUCCUGUGCAAAUUCUCCCAAGUAUGGAGGCUCGUCAAGACAUACACACCCAAAACAAAGCCGUAAAAGCGUAAAAGUACAAAUCCUGGAUCGGGUCCGUCAGUCUGACGGAAUUAUCUUCUGACGUUCACGAAAACAACGCCACAUUGACCGUCCAUUUUAAGCAUAAAUAGCAGCUGCAUGGAUCUCAUCUUCUUUCGUCUCAAAGGUCUCCACUAGGUCUUUUCAAUAAAUAUACGCGGAUAGCAUCACCCAACCACUCGAUAUUAUACCAUUUUCCCUUCGAAUCAAAGAGGAGAAUCAGCGACAAAUACACAUCGCAAUGCCUCAGUACAGAGUGGGACAAGAAGUUCGCUACAAACCCGUUGGAGGCCCCGCCUCCCAUACGUCUGAAAGCGUAGGCGUCAUCCGAGAGGUUAUCACGGAACCUGGGAAUCUCACGAAUCGAAAUGUCGAAGCUUCGAGACAGAAUCCACGAUACGAGAUCGAAAAUAUGCACACGCAUAAGAGAUCCGCGAUUAAGGAAGAAAACAUCAUUGAACCGUGUUAAGAAAGGAAGGGUUUCGGGUCAUGGAUUGGAAGGCAGUCUGAUUAAUGGGGCGUUGUGUAAAGGAAUAAGGCGCCUGGGUUUAAUGUGCUAAGGCUGGACUUCGUUAUCAAUCGAAUAGCUUGAAGUUUUCACUCACGUCUUUGGUCUCCAAUGCUAUGGCAUAGUAACGGUGGUACUUACACCAAGGCUACGUAAGAGUCUACUAUAACUAGUACUACUUAGGUAGUACGUAGUAGCUUCAUGAAGGCAGCUAAACUCCAAACUCCUCCACCUCUGAAUUAGA